AUGGGUGGCAACUCGAGUCGCGAGAUGAUGAGCCCGUACGCGGUCAACACACCGCUCAUGGGGAUUUGCUUCACAUCGCUGCUGUUCAAUAGCGUUCAGGGGGGAACCCUGCGGUCAUCGAAUGUGUUCAACAACUUCAUCCUCAUCUACCUGCUUGGCUUCUCGACGGGGUGUUCGACUGUCCUGCAGCAGCCGGUAUGGGGGGCGAGGCUCGGCCUUCUCGCCUCAUUCUGCUUCACCUUCGGCCCCAAUGUGCGGCUCCUGUAUACACAGCGCUUGUUCCCCGACUACGUGCGCUACGGCAUCGGGACGGCGUACAUGACGUACCACGCGCUUCAGUGGUACAAGGAGGAGACUUACUUUGAGGACGCGAUGGAGGAUGAUGACGGCAAGUGA